AUGAUCGUAUUCAGUUCAACAUCAUUGAUUUUGCUGGUGUUUUGUUUAUUUCCCUAUUUCGUCGUCGUUAACGGUAGAAUCACGAUAACGAUUGAUUCUUCGAGUUCAGAAGAAGGACAUAAACCGAGACAAAAGGAACCAUGUUGUACUGAUCGAAUGAAAAAUCAAGAUGAAUCUGACAUUGAUUGUGGAGGUCUCAAUUGUCCUAAAUGUCGAGAUAUGAAAAAAUGCACUUCCCCCAAUGAUUGUCUCAGUAAUGUUUGUAUUAACAGUACAUGUAUUCCAUCGCCUUCGUGUCGAGAUCAAAUUCGGAAUCAGGGCGAGACUGAUAUCGAUUGUGGUGGCCGUAUUUGUCAUCAAUGCCAGGAUAUGAAGACUUGUAAUGCUUCAUGUGAUUGUCUUAGCGAUGUUUGUAUUAACAAUACAUGUAUUCCAUCACCUUCAUGCUUGGAUCAAAUUCAAAAUCAAGAUGAGACGGAUAUUGAUUGCGGAGGACGCACAUGUCCAAAAUGUCCGGAUAUGAAGAAAUGUACUUAUCCUCAAGACUGCCUUAGUGAUAUUUGCAUUAACAACAUCUGUAUUCCAUCACCAUCGUGCUGGGAUCAAAUUCAAAAUCAAGACGAGACGGACAUUGAUUGUGGAGGAAGCAUUUGUCUAAAAUGUCACGAUACACAGCAUUGCAAUAUUCGUAGUGACUGUCUCAGCGGUGUUUGUAUUAACAACGAGUGCAUUCCAUCACCUUCCUGUCAAGAUCAAAUAAUGAACCAAGAUGAGACUGAUGUUGAUUGUGGUGGCACGAUUUGUCCGAAAUGCGGCAAUGGUAAAGCUUGCAAUACUAGUGUGGACUGUUUAAGUGAUCAAUGUCGAGUUAAAUUCUGUCAGACAUGCUCAUUGGUUAGUUUCGAUAAUGGUGAUUUUGAAUCUGGAACUACCUCAGGUUGGACUAUUGGUGGUGGUAUACGAACAUCAGUCUCCUCAUCUGAAAUUUUGCCCGAAUACCUUUUACCAGGUGGAAAACUUUUUAACUCCACCAUCGCAUUAUCACAUUCAUCAAUUGUCACUAAUGGAAGUGAUCCAAUUCUUGGUAAUUUAAUGCCAGGUAUCGUUGAAGGUGGUCAAUACUCGUUUCGCGUCGAGGAUUUGGUCAAAGGAGGUUAUGCAUCAGUGAUUAGUCGACAAGUCAACAAUUAUUAUUGUUUGGAUAUUUAUUUUUCAUGGUUGGCUGUUUUACAAAAUGGAAAUCAUUCAUCGAAUCAAUCAAGUUUAAUUAUUGUUCAAUUAAAUGAUCUGACUACAAAUGAAAAUUUAAUUUUACGUCGUUAUGAUGCUGGAGCAACAGGAAAUGGUGUUGAUAGUCGCUUUCAACAAAAAGAUGAUUAUUUUUAUACACCUGCUUGGCAAUCGGAACACUUAGCCAUUGAUAACACUCGUUUCGGCCAUAAUUUCCAAUUAACAGUUCUGGCAGCAGAUUGUCAACCAACUGGUCAUGUCGGUUAUCUUUAUCUCGACAGUUUCAGUGGUCUUUCACCAUAA